AUGAAGGUAAAAAACAAACUACCUAAUGCUCAUAAUAAUAAUAAUGGACAAAGCAGUCAGGAUGAACGUAUACCUGAAGAUGAAAUAAUUACAAUCUUUGAAACAGAUUAUAAAGUAGAUUAUAAAGUAGAUUAUAAAGUAGAUUAUAAAGUAGAUUAUAAAGUAGAUUAUAAAGUAGAUUAUAAAGUAGAUUAUAAAGUAGAUUAUAAAGUAGAUUAUAAAGCAGAAUAUAAAGUAGAUUAUAAAGUAGAUUAUAAAGUAGAUUAUAAAGUAGAUUAUAAAGUAGAUUAUAAAAUAGAUUAUAAAGUAGAUUAUAAAGUAGAUUAUAAAGUAGAUUAUAAAGUAGAUUAUAAAGUAGAUUAUAAAGUAGAUUAUAAAGUAGAUUAUAAAGUAGAUUAUAAAGUAGAUUAUAAAGUAGAUUAUAAAGUAGAUUAUAAAGUAGAUUAUAAAGUAGAUUAUAAAGUAGAUUAUAAAGUAGAUUAUAAAGUAGAUUAUAAAGUAGAUUAUAAAGUAGAUUAUAAAGUAGAUUAUAAAGUAGAUUAUAAAGUAGAUUAUAAAGUAGAUUAUAAAGUAGAUUAUAAACAAGAUACUACAUUGGAAACCAAUUGGCAUAACAAAAAAUUGAGAAUGAAAAAACGUGUAGCAAUUCAGCAAAGUAAAGGUAGAGAUAAAACCGGCUCCAGAAUAGAACCUUGUGGAACACCACACUAUUUAAGUGAUAACACAUUAGUGGUUACAGAUAUUGUAAAAUUAAUGCUGGUAUUACCAAUAAAGGACCGUGCUGCCCAAUAUUAA